CAAGAUCGCCCUUGUUGCCUCGGACUGUCUGCAAUUCAAGAAAUGGUGCGUUUUUGCCUUCUCGCGGGCUCUGCUUGGUUGCCACCAGCGGACCGCAUAGGGGUAAACUACUGGGCAGAUCGAGAGGUUGUCGUUCUCGUCCCAGAAUCUUCGACGCCUUCGACGAUAGUGGACGCCGCUUCUUCUGGCUCUCGCUUUGCCACCACGACAAGAUCUUCUGGAUCAUCUAGUGGGACACUGAAUUCUUCAGCUUCUGCCUCUUCUAGUAGUGCGUCUGAAACAUCACCAACACCUGAGCUAAAGACUACUACAGCUAAGACGACCACAUCUUGCACGCAUAUUGUGGAGUUAAGUGGAGAUGCAUAUGUCAAUUUUCCUGGAUUGAAGCGCUUUCUGUUGCGCCACCAGUCUGAACAGGAUCAUUUCGGAGAUGUCCUUUUUCUCAAACAAGCACGAGAUUCUUCGCCAGUUGUACAUCAAGAGCGUGGCUCCUCGUCAGUUCUGGAUUUGUCGACAGAGAUGGCUCGACGGGUGCGGCUAGGGACC